UAAUUGGCGCUUAAUGGGCCAAUUACAUCCACACUCGCUAUGGUCCCGACGUCGGGUCUGAGCAAAAGUAUUUUUCCGUUUCACCAAAUAUCAGAACAUCUUUUACAAUAUUUGACAUGUAAAAAAUAUUACUGUGUCUCUAAUAGGGUUGUUUCCAUCUACAAAUCUUAGGGCAGAAUUGUAUCCCAAUAAAUUCGCGCCGCCAUUCAUGCGCAUAGUCUGGAGGGGGCAAAAAUAAUCCUUAAACUAUGGAGUGUGGAAUUAAUAGAAGUGAAAUGUCUUAUGGUUGUAUUGUAUUGUAUUGUAUUGUAUACGGGCGAUUUUCCACAACUCGACGACUUGCGCCUAUUUUGCGUGAUAUGUUGGGGGUGGGCUAGUCCUGCCAGCCCAGCUCCUCGAGGAAUCCUAUCAAACCUUUAAUGUUGAGUAGGACCUCGGGGAGGUCUCUCGGAGAUCCGAGAUGUUUAGCCCUGUAUGGAGUCACUCCGCUGCAUUCCAGCACCACGUGAGAGGCUGUUUCUUCUGUCUCCAUGUCUUAUGGUAGAACUGUUGCAAGUGUCCAGCUGUCAGCUAUAAAUAAUACUUCCAAAUCUCUCGAGUAGCGCUAGAGUAGCUAAGAACCUAGGCGUUAUUGACGAAGUGAAGUGCGCUGUCUAUGAUUCGUUUUUUUUUUCAAGUAUUCUUGGUAUUGUAGCGCCACCUAUUUAAUGUUUCUGAUGACAUUUUUUGGUAUAUAGAUUCCAUUCCUUACCUCGACCUUCCAUACCUUAAACAAAACGCAGUUAUUGGCUAUCUCUUUCUAUCGUUACACAUUUGCUAUGCUCACUAGCGCCAAGGAAGAAAUUAGAAAAAUUCUAUCAAUUUAUUUGAAAAUCUGUCUGCAUGUUGGCUGCAGUGUAGAGCUAGAGGCGGAGCUGCGUGAUGUGGAGGGGUUACGAUGAUAGCGACAAUGACGGGAGUUGUACGAUAUGUAAAAGAAGUUUACAUUUAGUGAUUCGGUAAAAUCGUAGCCGAGCGGCCGAUCGGCUAAAAUGACACGAUAGCUAGCUUAGUUUAUUAUAAUGGUGUACAUAUUUACGAGACUUAAACGUCCUCUGCAGUUUUUCUACCAGUUAAGUCAAUUGUGACCGCGUCAUAGAAGACAAUCGGGGACACUCGAUAUUAUGCGGCCCGACCAAGAGACAAUUAUAAAAAGAUCACAAUUAUGAUGCCGAUGGUGUACACAGUGUAUGGUUUCGCCAUAUUCUUUAUGCUAGCAUUUCUGUUUAUAUGGACAAUUCACAUAGUGGCGUUGUCGUAUUCGAAAUGGAAGCUACAUCGGACGGUGGACCGGUCGCCGCCAGAGCAGCCUUACCCCGGCGUGUCGAUCCUGAAGCCGUUGACCGGCGUGGAUCCGAACCUGUUCUCGAACCUCGAGACCUUUUUCACGCUGGAUUACCCGCUCUACGAGCUUCUGUUCUGUGUAGAGGACGAGCACGACCCGGCUGUGAUGCUCGUACAUUCCUUAAUGCAAAAGUAUCCUAACGUAGACGCGCGGCUGUUCACGGGCGGCGUGCGGGUCGGCGUGAACCCUAAAAUUAACAAUAUGCAGCCGGCGUUUCUUGCCGGGAAGUAUCCUCUAGUCCUCGUGAGCGACGCCGGUAUUCGGAUGCGAGAAGAUACGCUGCUCGACAUGGUGCAGCACAUGAAGGACGAUACUGGCAUAGUGCAUCAGAUGCCAUUCGCGUGCGACGCGGAAGGAUUCGCCGCAGUGUAUGAAAAGGUGUUUUUCGGGACCGCACAAGCCCGUAUGUACUUGGCAGCAGAUUUUCUAAGAAUAAACUGCCAUGUGGGGAUGUCGUCGCUCGUGAGGCGCUGCGCGCUGGAGGAGUGUGGUGGUUUAGCGACGUUCGGUGAAUAUUUGGCGGAGGACUUCUUCAUAGCGAAGGAGGUGACGUCGAGAGGAUGGAAGAUGCGGGUGAGCUCGCUGCCUGCGCUGCAGAACUCGGGGACGCGGUCGGUGGGUCAGCUGCAGGCGCGGCUGACGCGCUGGGCGCGCCUGCGGAUAGCCAUGGUACCGACCACGACGCUGAUGGAGCCGCUGAGCGAGUGCCUGCCGCUGGGCGCGGGCGCCGCGUGGGCCUCCGGCCAGCUCUUUGGCGCCGAGCCGCUCCCUUUCUUCCUCGUCCACAUCCUGCUGUGGUUCCUCUCAGACUGGCUGAUGUUACGUUCAGUGCAGAACGGCUCGCCGCCGUUCACUAAAGUGCAAUUCUUAGUUGGUUGGAUAUGGAGUGAGUGCUGUGCGCCGUUCAUAUUAUUUGCUGCGUUCUUGAACCCGGAGAUCUCGUGGCGGACGCGGAGCUACCGGCUGGACUGGGGUGGGAAGGCCCAUGAACUUAAACCUAAGCUCAAAUUCUGAGCAUCCUCUGUUAAAGCUUUAAUUUGGGUGCAGUGUUAACUGCGAGUGCUGCAAGCUUGAGUGAGUUGUAUUAUUAUAAUAAGUUUUUAUUCCUUUAUAACGCUUUUGAUUUAGAACUUGUACAUUGAAUAUGUUAAAGGUAUUUCAUUUUAUAAUUAUUACCGUGCCCCCUUAAAUAAGUUAGUGAAGUGAUUCACUCUUUAUCUACAAUAGAUGCCGGUACCACACAA